AUGACGAGUGAGAUGCUUGGUGAGCAGUCCACUUUGGGGAUUUAUCUUCAGCGCAUCAUUACGCAUUAUCGACAAGGCCACUCGAACUGCCUUCCCCCGCCUCUGUCUGUCUCGCGAAACAAAACUCGACCCGUGGAAUUCCCCCGCCGCGAAGGCCGGUAA